UUUUAUUUUUCCUUGUUGAAUUGUGUCAUAACUUUAAACUACCAUUUUUUAAAGUAAACUAAUCUUUCUUAUCCCAAAUUAAUUGCAUCUGAAUGCUUUCUGUGUGUCUGUAGUAGUAAAUACCUGUAAUUUUAAUCUAGUACUGGAUCUAUUGGUUAACAAAUUUAAUAACAGCAUGGCAUUCAGAGGAGGCCGUAGGUUUUAACUUCCUUUCCUGAGAGGACUUAGUUGGAAUGUAUGUGCAGGUAAGUCCUAUAAGAAAUGACAACUACCUGAUUAAUUUCUAAAUUCACCAGUGACCAUGGUCGAAGUUCAUUGCAAAUCAAAGACACCAUGUAGGCCAAAUUUACCACAGGGGAAAACAGAUGAACUGAGCCUGGAUGUUCAUUGCAAGGAUAUUAAGAGAUAGGGGCUAUAACAGGUUAACAAUGAUAGAAUUCCCCCUAGAAACAUUGUUAGUCAAAGGGCCAUUUGCACAAGCUGGCAGCUGUACAGGUACAGAAUUUAUUCCCCUGGGAAGCUGAGUUUUCUCAAUCUACCCUGGCAACUUUACAUAAACAUGGUGGUAGCAGUGCCUUAAAAGCCACACUUCCCCAGCUUAGGCAGACAUUAACUCACCAGACUACAGCAGUCAGAGUAGGCAGAAGACUGUAGCUUCUUUAGAUUGAAAAUAAUCAAUUUUUAUUUCCCUCAUACAGCGGUAUCUUGCAAUUGUGUUUUUAUUCUUCAGAGCGUAAGUUUUUGUUAGCUCUCCAAACACCAAAGUCUGAUCCAAACAAAGGAAUAAAUUUACUGUCCCUAAAAAUGUAAGACCUGUCCUGUUUGACAUGUCUAUUAGCUGUGUUUGUGAUUACAAACCGUUCCUAUGGACAGAGCGAUUAUUUAUGUAGCGGACAGUGGCAGAUCUGUUGCCAGUCAAAUUCCUCCCAAAGGGCUCAGUGCACGCAGGGAAUAGGAGGAGCAUCAGCAGCAUUACAGACUGCAACAAACACAUCUCAUGCAAAAGACAGAAGAGCACAGAGGAGAAAAGAGAAAGAGGAUUGAGAGAAAACUAUGCUGCUUGAGGAAGAAAAGAUAUAAACUGACAAUCAAACACAUCAGGAGUUACACAAGCAACAUGUCUCGGUCACCAGGAAGAAAGCAGGAGAACCACAAAAUAAGCAGAGAACUUUUUGUACUCACAUAUGGGGCUUUGGUAGCCCAGUUGUGCAAGGACUAUGAAAAAGAUGAAGAUGUCAAUGCCUGUUUAGAUAGAAUGGGAUACAGCAUUGGCAUUAGGCUGAUUGAUGACUUUCUGGCUCGUUCAGCUGUGAAAAAGUGCCGUAGUUACUCUGAAACUGCAGACGUGAUUGCACAGGUUGCUUUCAAGAUGUACCUUGGGGUCACCCCUAGUGUGAGCUGCAGUAAUGCCACAGGGAAUGAAUUCUCCUUAAUCCUGGACAAAAACCCACUAGUGGAUUUUGUGGAGGAGCUGCCAGCAGAACGAGCAUCACUUUGCUACUGUAACCUCCUCUGUGGGGUGAUUCGAGGUGCCUUGGAAAUGGUUCACUUAGCAGCAGAAGUUUCCUUCCUCCAGGACAGGCUGAAGGGUGAUGCUGUGACAGAAAUAGGAAUUACAUUUUUAAGGAAGCCUGAAGACAGAAGGCACAGAAGGAACAAAUGAAAGAAAUAUUGGAAGAAAACACUUGCUGAGGGAUAUUUUGUGCCUUUUGUUUCAGAAGAAGACAGGAUAAAAGUGGCUUUGCUGAAUCAGCUGCACCAGCCACUUGGUUGAAAGGUGAAGAGAGAUGGGCAGCAAAGAGGAGGGACAGGGCAGGGGAGAGCAAUGUUAAUUGUCAUGACACAGAUAUCUA